ACUAUAUAAACCAAGUGCUGUUUAAAAUAGUGAGCUGUGCUGUUUUUAGAAACAGAAACUAAAGUAGAAAAGGAAACUACGUGCUCGUGGUCUAAAAUUUUAGACAAAAUCCUCGUGGUGGACGAAAUUCGCCUCCGAUAUACUUGAAACUCACGUUGCGUGUAGUACACUACGUUAGCUUUACAAUAAGUAACAUAUAUUUAAUAUAAAUUCAAUAGAUCUCGCGUUAUUUAAGUUCUUGUGCGCGUUCCAUUGUUCCGAGGCGUCGUCCUUUGUUCGUGGGUUUUCCCCGCGCGUGGGGUGACGUCAGCGGCUUGGGCGUUGGCCGACCGACUGCGCGCGCGCAGGCAACGACGCGGCAAAUUCGAACGCGCUAGACAGCGCACGGCUGCCAUAUAGAAUGAGCGAUACAGAGGAUCAGCCCUUUAUAAAACCUCCUAUUGAAAGGAAGAAAGAAAAAAGGAAAAAGAAGAAACAGGUCUCUGACAGAAGUGACGAGAGCUGUGCCAGCACUAUGGAAGUGUGCACCAUAGCUACAAAGGACAGCAUCACCCCUUCCCCCUUAUCGACGAAAAAAAUGGCCCAACGAAAACGCCCUUGGCGCCCAACGGACGAGGACGAGUCCUCGGAUUCGUGUGACCCGGAAACGGACGCCAGCGUUAAAGCACGUACUGUAGCCUCAAAAAAAUGCCGCCCAAAAUCUGAUGACGAGCCGAAAGCGGUAAGUAUGAAUAGCAAACCCACUCCUAAAAUUAGCUCUAUUAAUGUGCAUGCAGCCCAACCUUCUACGCCUACCAAACCCAUCACUACCGCGGAUCCUACUCCCACCGAGGCUUACUCCAACAAGGCCACGACUCUAGUGGAUGAGGUGUUGAAGUACUGCCUCGAUGAGAGUAAAAAGAUCGGCAAGGUACAAACCACCUUCAUUAUGGAGCGCGUCUCGGACCUAAAUAGAAUUGUAACGCGCCUUGCCCUUAGAAAUAAUUUUCUUUCUGGCGCUCUUCAAGCGCUCCAGUCUUCCCCCCAACUAGGCUCCCAAACUGGCCGCGCGUCUCAGCCAAUCAUGGCUACCGCUCCCCCCACCGCGACUGCUCCCCCCUCCACCGCGAGUCUCUCGUACGCCAGCAUAGCUGGCAGAAACCUCGCCGCGCAACGACGCAGCGCCGCUACCCUCCAGUACGCUGGGCUCCCCACCACUAGUACCCGCGCUACCCCCACCCCAAUGCGUUUUCUUGCGCCCAACGGCGUCCUCCCCACCAAGUCCCGCGCGUUUACCGAGCAGGUAAUCGCGGCCGCGCAAUCUGCUCCUGCACGACAUUGUGUGGUCAUCCGCCCCGAAAAUCCCGUGGACUGCGACAGCGCAGCCACCAAAAAGCUCGUGUUUAAAAACGUUGACCUGCGCAAAGCACAAGUCGGUAUAAAUUCCGUCCGUCCGACCAAAGACGGCGGAAUAAUAAUAGAAACGCCAAACGCCAAGGACUUAAAACUAUUCUCCGAAAACGCUGAACUUAGAAAGGCAGGCCUUAGUGUUGCACCACCAAAAACUGACCUUCCAAGGGUCAUAGUAUACGAUAUCCCCAAGGACUUAGAUGCCCCUGAAAUCGCGGAUCAUAUUCGAGCCCAAAAUCUUGCUUCAUCACCAACAUUAGACAAGGCUGUAUUACGCCCACUAUUCAAGGUAGGACGUAAAGAUAAAGAAGGCAACGACUGGGUCGUAGAAGUGUCCAGCCCAAUACGCGAGUCCCUCCUCCCCCGCGGUAAGAUAUACGUGUCGUACUCGCAUUGCCGAGUUGCCGACUACCUAGUCGCGACUAGGUGUUUUAAGUGUCAGAAAUACGGUCACGUUGACAAGUAUUGUAAGUCCAAGGACACAGUAUGCGCCUUCUGCGCCAAAACUGGCCACUCCAAUAAGGAGUGCCCAAAUAGGGAAAAAAAUCCAACGUGCUCGAAUUGUAAAGCGCGCCAACUAUCCCACAAUCACUCAGCAGGCAACAGGAACUGUCCCUCGCGUUCAUCUGCCCUCCUCCAAAAGGCCUCGCGGAUUAAAUAUUAAUGGAACGGUACUCCACACGUUUCGGAUCGCGCCCCUCUCGUACACCCUCCCCCCAAAAUUCAACACAAAAUCAACACACUACCGGUAAUACACGAAUCCUAAAAAUUGUGCAGAUUAACA